AUGGACACCGAAGGAGAUGGUUCUGAAAGUUUACCUUCUUCGAGCUCGAAUCCAAGCGAAAGUGGUAAACGAAAGUCAUACAUUGCUAGCAAAGGAAGAACUAGAAUAUACUUGUAUGAGCAAUUCAUUCCAUGGACGGAGUUGAAAGGGGAACUAAACUUUGCUACCGAGAAACAGCUUGCAGACUUCUUGAUGAAAGCAUAUUUAUCCGGACAGGAAAGUGCUGUGAAAUGGUAGGUUACGUAUGUAUAAUAGUUGUGAUAAUGUUUUUAUGGUUAUUUAUUAUUGUGCUUAUUUCAGUCAUAGUAUUAAAGCAAUCAUUGGUUCAGAUUGGUUUAAAUAUUUCAUGUUUUUUCAUAUUUUAAUAGCGACGCGGACACACAGACAAAUGUCAAUGAUGUCGAUUCAAUCUUUUCAUUUUCAUCUCCUGUGUGCCCUCGUAAGUAAUUUAUAUUCAUUAAUCUCGCAUAUUUCUCGUCUACCAAUUUAAAUUUUCUUCGUAAGCUUUUAUAUUUCGAAAUAUUUGUGUUGUUUUCAGGGUGAUGUUUUCUACUCCUGUACGUAUGAACGAAGAUGUCACAGCGACCAAAACACAUGACGAACAUUCCAGGCGGCAGCUUCUCUCGGAAUCCACGAUUUCAGAAUUAUCAAGGUAUCUUUUUGUUCAAGUCCAAUAUAAUUGUGUGCUUUAUAUUGAGAAGCAGUAGUGUUUAUUUUACUACAUCUCGUUGCACUGUUGACUACUGAGUGUCUUCUAGUUUGUCGACUACAUGCAUAUAUGCUUUCACUAAAUGAUUAACACUAGCUUGGUGAAUAGUGGUAACACUGAAAGGAGCAUAUUUGCAUGUCAGUUUCCCUACCCACCCAGGGGAAAUCUCUGGUGUCAAAUGGCAGGUUGGCAACUCGGACAUUUCUUGUCUUUAUGCAGAGGCUCCAGUAUAUGUGACAUUUCUAAAAUAUUCAAUUGUUUAAAGAUAAUGUUGUUGGUGACACCAACUUGGUGUGCCAACCAAUAAGAUGUUUCAAAGUUAUCACAUGUACCUGAACCUCUGGCAUCCCGCAUGAAGACAAGAAAUUUGAAAAAAAUUUUGCCAAAACAUUACAAAUUUGUGUCAAUUUUCUCAAAGCUUUGGCCAUGUAAUAAAACUUAAUUUGUUUGUAAAUUAAUAGCAAUUGGCAUUUCAAUGUAUCAUUAUUUUUGUGGGCUUUUAUCAAUACAAGCACAGUAUGUUCUUUUUACUCAAGUCAAUGUGUUCAUCGGCAUUCAAAUAGCUGCCAACCUUAGAUAUACAUAUAUAUAUACUAAUUGUUUACAUUUGGAUAUGCACGUUUCUGGGCUGCCUUAAAUGUUAAGGGAAGCGUCACAUAUCGAUUUUCUAUUGAGAAACGUCAUUUGGACGUUUCUCUGGAGACCCCCCCCCCCUUUGUCUUGCAUGCUAAUUUUCAAUUUUCAUUUUAAAGGCAUGAUGAAAAAACGCUUACCGCUCUCGAGCACCCAGAAGUAGAAGAUUCUGACGCUGAUGAUCGCUUGGAUUUAGAUAAAAUGGAACAAACCAGAAGUUCUUUGUAAGUCCUGGCAUACAUAUAUACAGUAUGCUUUUUUUAAGUCGAUUUUCCCACAAGAAACUCUGGAGACCCACCCACCUCCACCACCCCACCCUUGUCUGGUAGGGAAGGCCUGACUGCUUGCAUGCUAAUUUUCAUUUUUUAUUUUAAAGGCAUGAUGAUGAGAAAACGCUUACCGCUCUCGAGCACCCAGAAGCAGAAGAUUCUGACACAGAUGAUAGCUUGGAUUUAGAUGAAAUUGAACAAACCAAAAGUGCUUUGUAAGUCCUGACAUACAUAUAUACAGUAUGCUUUUUUAAUUACAGUCAAUCUACUUACAAGUGUGGAAAAAUGUUCCAUAUUAUAGUACAAAGAAGUGUAUGCAGUGGGUUGGCUGGAGCAGUUUUCACCAGGCUUUACAUGUUUAUUUGAAUCAAUGAGAUAUUAAGUAGAACUUCUGUACUAAAAUAUUAAUGUCUGCAUAUUUUUAUGUUUUAGAAUAAAUGAUGUUAUGGACAAAACAUUUCCAGAGGAAGAAGUGUUUGACAUGUUGUUGGGUGAAGAUGAUGAAUUCGAGGAUCCAGAGUUGUCUUUAAUUGAGGAUAACCCACAGCAUGCUGAUUUUCCUAAUACACCUAAGGAUAGCAUACCAGUACCAAAUGUUCUACCUUUGAAGCUUUCAGAAAUGGAAAAGUGUAUUGUGUUCACCGACAAAAUCCUGGAACUGUUGCAAAAAAUACAUGGCUCUCAUUGCAAUAGACCUGGUUGUUGCAAAACAUGGGAGUUCAAAAAACCAUAUGUGGGUAGCUGUCUUGUUGUGACAUGGAAGUGUUCAUCAGGUCAUUUCGGAGGAAGCUGGUCUUCCCAACCGAUGUUCAACAAAAUGCGAGCUGGGAACUUGUUACUUUAUCCUGCCUUCUCUUGUCUGGAAAUUCAUUUAUGA